AUGAGGGCGGCGAAGAGAGAGAUGGUCACAAGGCAAGACGCGACGGUCGCUGAGAUUGGUGGAGAUCGCGCAACAAUACCGUUGCAGUCGUCGAGGCUGAACGAGGAGACCACGGACGACAUCACAGCGUCGACGGAGAGUGCUGAGGUUGAUGGUGCAGCUGAAUCGUUGCAGUAUGCUGAACUCAAUGACAAGCUGCAGUUUCCGCCGCCAUCAGCUACCGCAGUUGCAAACUCACCACCAACACUGCUGGCAGCAGUUGAACAACCAUCCAUGGUGAAGGAACAUAAUACUUCAGAGAUUAUCUUAGUGUUCCUGACCAAAGAAGGAGAUGGCCCGGUGGCAGAGAUCUCAGGCAAACAGUCGUUGCUUCUGGCAAUGAAUGCAAAGCUUGAACACAUCGCAUCACCAGCAGAAGCGACCACCAUCGUUGCCCUUUCCAAGCACAACUCUCUAGAUUGGAGUCGAGGAGCGGAGCAAGGCUACUGUAGCUGCUGA